AUGUCGCCAAACGUCAUUUUCAACGGCGAGGCAAACAACAUCAUUUUUGAAGCUAUCAAAGUUCCAAAAUCCCCUCCAUGUGAAACCCGUGAGAGCAUCUGGGUCCGACGAUUAGCUCUGCUUUCCUUCUGGGCCACAGCUCUAUUCCUCGGUUUCCCAGUAUGGUGGAAGACGACUACCGUAUACAGGGCGCCGUUGCCGCUACAAAAGAUGCUAGAUUGGGCAGAUGGGAAGAUCUGCCGACCUACGUUCCCUCUACGAAUUGCAGUUGAAGCAGGCUUACCACCCCUAGAAGCUCAGCAUAUGCUUCGAACAACGCAGCAUGCUUUGGACGACAUGAAUGAUUUCUCCUCUCAUCACUUACGACUUGUCAUACCCGACAAAACUCGAAACAACACUCAAGUUAGCCGAAGCUCUCCUGAAAAUAUAGGCCAAGAUCAAGAGGAUAUUGCAAUGACGAUCAACCUCAUCUCUGACACCGUUGGAACAACACCACGCGCUGUCCUGCACAAUUUUGAGUCAGUUAUGGAUAUUUACUAUACGCCAAACCAAAUACCGUCUUCCUCCUCUACGGGCUCGCCUCUUGCCACUUUCAUCGCCAAUGAGUUACAAAAUACAUUCAACGAAGAACAGGCUGUUCUUGCUUACUCAAUGGCAUCGACGUCAUGGCAUCCAUCCCAGUGGAAGUCAAUAUCACAAGAAAUGGCGGAUUCUCUUGCAAAACGCAAGACUAGAACGUUCAAAUAUGCGCCUACAUAUCAUCUUACAUUUUCUCUCUUCACGCCGAAUGCCAUGCCCUCGGAUUGGGACAUUGAGGACGCGCUGCAUGAUUACCUUGCUCCACUCCUCCAGUCUUUGUCCGUUGUGAGCAAUUUUACGGUGGACUCCCAAGUCCAGCUAUAUGCCGCCCUAUCUCCAUCCAUAGCUGGUCCGCAGUACGACGAGUCCAAGCAAGUUUGGACGCUCGUAAAGGAAGACCUUGGUGGGUUUAUAAAUGCAGCCGAGUGGCCUUUGAGCCCGAGUAUUGGCGAUGGGCCAACAAUCAAUUUCAUCUUGUACAUUCCCUCUACAAAACAAUCACCACUCCUUCUUGAUGAAAAUGGUGGAACGAGUUGGCUAAUUCCGCAAUGGGGUGGCGUUCAGAUCCUCAACCUUGGUCGGAAACAAUUCCAGUUAUCGAAAACGGAUCUGGAGCCUGUCAUGCGAACAUUUUCUCAUCAGCUGAUCUCUUUGCUUGGUCUACCUCAGGAGCCAGGAUCUUUUCCCCUGCGAUUAUCUACAUUGAUACGCGUUCAUGCAGCUUCUCUGAUAUUCUCUGCAUCGUCAACUCUUGGAGCAAUAGCUCGACUCACUCAAUCUCUGUCUUCUAUUGCAAUACCGGAUACAGUUGCUCGUGAUGUGGAGCAGACUAUGGCUCAUCUAGACUCUGCAUGCACUAGCUUGAAAAACGGUCGUUUCCAUCAGGCACUUGAGAGUGCUAAGCUUGCUGAAUUAAAGGCCGAGCGCGCAUUCUUCGAGCCAUCGAUGGUUGCCAUGGUCUACUUCCCCGACGAACAUAAAAUUGCGGUCUACCUGCCGCUGCUUGGACCAGUAGCCGUUCCCUUGAUCAUGUCUGCCAUGAAAGAGUUUAAGGCAUUUAGACAAUCGCGAGGAUGA